AGGACUUUGUUCUCUUCUAAGAUCUUGGAUUAGAUCUUGUCUUUUGAGGGCUUUGGAUUAAGCUCUUGUUAUCCGUAGAUUUGGAUUAUUUUAUCUCACGACACGUUGAAGUUGUUCCUUCAACAAAUUGUGUUGUUUCAUUUUCGUUAGCACAUUAGAGAUGUUCCUCUAAUACUUGUGCUACAUCAGUCUACAUGGCCGAGUCACGUCGCACUGGUUUUGAGCCACCACGGAAGACAAAUGGAAACGACAAAAUGCUCACAUUUACUUGAUGGUUUCUCACCCACUGGAAUGGCAUCUCCAACCACUAGGAGGGCAUCUCGUUCAAUUAGAAGAUGAGAUUCUAAUUGGAACGUUGAAAGAACUCGUCGCCACUGGAUGGAAAGCAGACAAUGGAUUUAGGGGCGGGUACCUGGGUAAGAUCGAGGACGCGCUGUGCCGUGAGUUCCCUAACACUGACUUGAAGGUAAACCCACAUAUCCAGUCCAAGAUUCAUAUUUGGAAGAAGCACUACGGCGCAUUGUCACAAGUCCUCAGUAGGAGUGGUAUCGGCUUCAAUCUCUACGGUGACUACAAAAUCGACUGCGAUGACGCUGCAUGGAUCGAUCUUCUGAAGUCCGACCCAGGUGUAAAAGGGGUCUUCAAUAAGUCGUGGCCUUAUUAUGAUGAUUGGAAAAUCGUCUUCGGCAAGGAUAGGGCCUGUGGUGAACAUGAUGUUGGUCCGCGAGAGGCGUAUCAAUAGAACUUCUCUGGUUCAUCCCAGGUUUCUGCAGGUGAGGGGAGUUCAUACCAUGUCCCCGAUCCAUUACUCAGUGAUGAUUCUGCGCCUCAUAGCCUCUUCCCUGAGACACAAACAGACAGCGGAUUUAGCGCAGCAGGAGGAAGUGAUCCGAAGGAACGUGCACCCAAGAAGCGCAAAGUCAAGGAGGAUACUCUAGACAGGCUGGUUGAUGUGAUUGGUAUGAUGCAUGAGGACACUAACAACAAGCUUGAAUAUCUUGCCAACCGAAUUGGGUAUGAGUUCGACCUGACUAAGUCGAGGAAGAAGGUUUUCAACCUUGUUGGGGUAAUUCCUGGUCUCACUCUUGACCAAGUCUUCGAUGCCUCUGCUAUCAUACUGUCAAAGGUGGAAAAUUUGGUCUUCUUCACGAGUCUUCAUGAAGUUGCAAGGCAAGCUUAUGUUUACCGAGCUUUGGAGAAGUUUAAUGGCAAUUGAAUGACAAGGAAGUAUGCUAUGGUUUUUUGGCUGUUUGGAAUUGUUGACAUCUAGACUUAUUAAAAGGUGUAUGUAUCACCUUCUUACUUUUGUUGGAGCUAAAUUAUGUAGUAUAUUGCUCCUUCUACUAUCCCUUAUCAUGGACUGGUACCAGUUAGAUUGGCUUUUGUCUAUAAUUUGAACUUCUAUAUGUAA